UGCACUCCCUUGGACGGACAGAGCAGGUGCUUCGAGUCUGACAACGUAUUCCGCUCCCGAGAAGGUUCCUUACAUCCCCAAAAGGCCCAGUGUCCCUGUCACAGUCGAUUCAAAAUUCAAGAAACGGAUCCCAGCGUUCGCGUCGCAGUCAGUUCAAAUCCAAGAAAACUCGGAAGAAGAAUGGCGGACUGGGGACCGGUGGCGAUAGCGGUGGUGCUGUUCGUGCUGUUGAGCCCGGGCUUGCUGUUCCAGAUCCCAGGGAGGCGCCGAGUCGUGGAGUUCGGCAACAUGGAGACGAGCGGGGCCUCCAUUCUCGUCCACUCCAUCAUCUACUUUGGCCUCAUUACCAUCUUCCUCAUCGCCAUUGGCGUCCACAUCUACACCGGCUAAAAGCUUUCUUCCCCAGUGAUCCUCUGUACAGUGGAGUCGGGUUUCUGCUUGUACUCUCUCCUCUGACUCUGCUCUCAGUGUGUGCUCUUGCGCCGCUUUCUAAGCAAUUUUAUGUUUUGGUGUUG